UUUAACGGACGCUUUUUAAUUUUCACCUCCGCACACGAAAGAGCUUGUAACCGACCUCUCACUCCCUUUGAGGUGUAAAAUCGAAACUACAAGUUUUACCCUAUGGCAGAGGCAAGCCUUGAACUUGAAGAAUUGGAAAUAGUUUUGGAAAGGGGAAAUCAUGGCCUAGGUUUCAACAUAAGAGGAGGUGUAGACAUUCCAUAUGUACAGGGGGACUCUGGAAUCUUUGUAACUAAAAUAAGAGAGGAUGGUGCCGCAUUUUUAGAUGGUCGUUUAAGAGAAGGAGAUAAAAUUUUAGAGAUAAAUGGUUUUAGUUUAGACAGAGUUACCCAUAAUGAAGCUGUACAACAUUUUGUGAAUGCAGGGGAAACUGUCACACUUAGAGUUCUACAAGGCGCGGAGGAAGCAAUACUACAGCAAAGGAGAGAGAAUGAAGAAAGUGAGAAUGGCCCUAACCAAAGUUCUGGUUCCUCUUCAAAUAUCAAUCCCUCAGACAGCUCCUCUGGACUCGGUUUAGCAACCAUUGUGGGUGGUUCUCUAGCCCUUAUUGCUGCCCUGGCAGCAGGGGCCUACUUUAUACACAGAAACAUGAGAAAGUGAACAACUACUAUAAACAACUGUGUGCAUUAUAAACUAUGUGCUGGAUCAUUCAUCAAUAUUUCUGAAACUUUUAGUAUCAAUAUCUGUUAAUUAGAGUAAAUGGGAACUUCUUCUAAUGGGAUAAGAGUCUGUCAGAUUUAUUUUGCAAUAUGUGUAUGAGUUUGUUUUUAUCUUUUUCAUUUGAAAUGCAAGUUUUGUUUUUAAAUAAACUGUUUUGCUCGUA